AUGAGUAGAACUACUGUCGUCAUCAUUGGCGCUUCACACUCGGGACUCGGAGUUGCAAAUGGGCUUUUGAAAACCGACUCCGACAAGGUCAAGGUCAUCUUGAUUAACCCAUCAGAUAAGGUCUAUUUCAACAUCGCGGCUCCUCGCAUCCUCGCCAAGCCCCAAUUCUUCAAGCCCAACCAAUAUCUCCUCGCUAUCGAGCAGUCUUUCUCAAAGUACCCGAAGGAGUCUUUCGAAUUCAUCAAAGGAACCGCAGCCAGUAUCAACACUGCGUCAAAAUCAGUCGAGUUGGCCUCGCAGCAAUCCCCUAUCUCAUAUGACUAUCUUGUCAUCGCAUCCGGCAGCACCACUUCAUCCUCCAUAGAAGGAGAGCUGGCUCCUUUCAAGCCCAUGAACGAACAUGAUCUCGAAACCUCCAUCUCCUCAAUCCAAAAGGCCAUCUCCAGCGCGAACAGCGUCAUUAUCGGUGGAGCGGGCCCAGUCGGUGUUGAAUUCGCCGGAGAGCUUGCGGAAGCCUUCAAAGACAAGAAGGAUGCAUCUAUCACUCUCGUUUCCGCCUCGAAACGUGUCCUGCCCAUGCUCAAAGAGAAGGCCAGCCUGUCAGCGGAGACGACACUUGUGGGAAAGGGUGUCAAGAUAGUCAAUUCAACCAAGGUGAAGAGCGCUGUGCGCAGCGCGUCUGGUAAUCAAACCGGAUGGGCUGUCAAUCUGGACAACGGUGAACAGCUGCAAGCGGAUUUGUACAUCUCUACGACUGGCACGCUUCCCAACAACCAGUUUAUUCCAGCGGAGUUCCUCUCGACUGAUGGUUGGGUGGCGGUUGAUGAAAACCUUCGCGUUGCAAAGGGCUCAACAGAUGGCCGCAUCUUCGCACUCGGUGAUAUCACCACUCAGCCACUGCGCACUGCUAUCAAAGUCGCAGAUCAGGUCCCAGUUGUUGUUUCCAAUCUCAAGGUUGCAAUUCUUGGCAAGGGAAAGGUUGCUACCUACGAUCCUAAUGGGUCUUUGAUGAUGAUUGUGCCAAUUGGAGAAAGUACCGGAACUGGUCAGAUGUUUGGAUGGAAACCUUGGGGAAUGAUGGUUUCGAUGGUCAAGGGCAAAGACUUCUUUGUUUCAAAGGCCGCUGGGAUGCUUGGAUUGAGCUAG